UCAUCUCGGAAUUAUAUAAUCGAAAAUAGCGAGAGUAUCGCGUGUGGAAGUGGAACGACAUUGGGCGAUGUGUGAUAAAUCAGUAUCAUUUGUGAUGUUGACGGUUUGACGUCGACGGUUUUAGUUUAUUGUGAGUUGUUGAUCAUUCCACAACCAUGGCUCAAUCCCAGAAACCUGCACUUAAUGAGUCCCAAUUAAAGGAAAUAAUGAAUGAUUAUAUUCCGCCUGAUUUGCCAGCGAAAUGCACUUGGCACAAGGACGCCGACCCAAAUUCAUCACCACAUACCUCGUAUAGAAAUGUGCCUAAAGGUUUGCUAUAUCCGAACAUUUUGGAUACGAUUGGCCACACGCCAAUAGUCAAAUUAAAUAAAAUUCCGCAAUCUCUUGGAAUAAAAUGUGAUAUUUAUGUGAAAUGUGAGUUUGUUAACCCUGGUGGUUCGAUAAAGGACCGCAUUGCUGUGCGAAUGAUUGAAGAUGCCGAACGUGAUGGCCGCCUGCAACCAGGUGGUACCAUCAUUGAACCAACUUCUGGCAACACGGGAAUUGGAUUAGCGUUGGUUGCUACAGUCAAUUAUAGAUGCAUUAUCAUAGUUCCGGAAAAAACUUCGAAGGAGAAAGUGGAUAUCCUCAAAGUUCUUGGGGCUGAAGUAAUUCUCAUUCCAAUGGGAGUUCCUUUUAACGCCCCCAAUGGAAUUGUUGGUAUGGCACAUGUUUUGAACAAACAAAUUCCCAACUCAGUUGUUUUGAGCCAAUUUCGCAAUGCUUCUAAUCCAAUGGUGCACUACGACUGUACAGCGGAGGAAAUUCUGGAAGCUUUCAACGGAAAAAUUGAUAUGUUUGUUGCCGGAAAUGGUACUGGCGGUACACUAUCAGGAGUUGCGAGGAAAAUGAAACAAGCCUGCCCGUCAUGCAUUAUUGUUGGCGCAGAUGCUGAGGGUUCUAAGAUGGCCGCACCAGAAGCUCUCAAUAAUUUCAAUUGUCCGUUUGUUGAGGUUGAGGGUUUUAACUAUGCGUUUGUACCGACCACCCUAGAUCGUCCGAACAUAGACUGGUGGUUAAAAUGUAAAGAUGUUGAUUCUUACGCUAUGACCAGGCGUUUAAUUCGUGAAGAAGGCAUUUUGUCUGGUGCUAGCGGUGGUUUCAACGUCAAUGCAGCUUUGAUUGCAGCCAAGGAUUUGAAAGAAGGACAAGUAUGCGUUGUGGUAAUCCCGGAUGAUACCAAAAAUUAUGUAACUACUCUUGCAUCGGAUCAAUGGCUAGAGGCAAAGAAUUUACAGCCUUGUAUUAAUCAUCAAAAUCACAGUUGGUGGGAUGUUAAAGUGUCUCAGCUUCACCUUCAACGCCCUAUGACUAUAGAAUCAUCUGUCAGUUGUGAGGAAGCAAUGAAAAUCAUGACUGCUCAUAAUUUAAAUGAAAUGCCCAUUAUUGAAAAUGGCAUAUUGAUCGGCAUGGUAACAACGCGUAUUUUGACUCAAAAAUUAAUGAGUAGGUUUGUUGGACCAUCAGAUGAGGUCAAAAAAGCUGGUACAAUGAUGUAUCUCAAAGUCACACCGAAUUGUAAUUUGGGAUUGGUGUCUAGGAUCAUGGAAAUAGAACAAUAUGUUUUAGUAACAGAAAUGACUCCAACCAAAGAAGAAGUUGUUGGUAUUAUAACAAAUCUUGAUUUUCUUCGAUUUAUAUCAACAGUGUAACAAACUGUUUGACAGCAACAAAGGUAUAAAUUAUAUUUUACUUACAUUGCGCUUUAACAAGUAACCUAUUAAUCUAUUUAAAAUAUCAGUAUAUCUUGAUUCAAAGGCGGGAUUAUUAGCGAUUUCGUUCAUGAUGUAUUUACUUCGGUUUGUGUAAUUGAAUUCAUUGAAAGCAUUUUCAUCACUGGUCAAUUGCUGGCCCAGUUCUUUACCGAUGAAAAUAAUUGUACCAAACAUGGCGGAUUCUGUUAGAGAAGCAAUCUCGUAAUGAUCAAUACUUUCUUGAAAUUCAUUGCCUUUGAAUACCACAUCAAUGGACACACCAUGCUUUUGUAAACAAUCCUUAAAGGUAUUAUAGUAUGUAUUUAAUAACUCUUUCAUGUUGUCCUUGAGAUAACUUGUUGAACAAUUCACAUGCAGUGCCGUCAUUACAUCCAGUGCUGGUGGAGUGUACCGAACCAAUUGAUAAUCAAUUAAAACACACUCAUCAGUGCCAUUACUGGUAUUUUUGAAGAGAGCAUUAUUCUUCCACAAAUCAGCGUGGCAAAUCACAUUGCGAAACUUCUUGCUUGGGAAAACGUAUUCAAAAAUAUCCGUUUGUGCAAAUUUCAGGAAAUCUUCAGCAAUUUGAGUGUAUGAUUGACUUUGCAUCAAUAUGGUGUUCGCUACGGCUUUAGACGUUGAGAUUCCCCAUUUGUACCGUGCGGAACCUUCAACUGGACUGAAAGUCGUCUCUUUUAGUUCAUCUGGGAAAUGGUCGAUUAAUUUGUAGGGCUUUCCUGGAAAUGAUCGGCGUUCUUCAAAGAUAAUGGAGGAUGAAUGAAAUCUUGCCAACGUUUUCAUCAAUUGCACAAUGUUUUCAUGGCUUAAUUGAUCUACCAUUGAAAAUCCUUUCUUUGAGAGAUCCUCCAAGACGAUAAAACUUUCCGGAUUGACGAGGUAGCUUUUAGGUGCGAUUUGAGCAGUAUGAUGUUUUUGAAAGUCAUUUAGAAGAUGUUUGUAUAGAUUGGCUUCUUUCCUGAACACUCCUAGUUCCAGCACGUAAUCGGUAAAGUUCUGGUUUCCAGUAGGGACGCAUUUAAGAAAAAAGUUGGCGAUUUGUAGCCGGUUUUGUGAUGUUUUGUACGUGAUGCAAAGACGGUAGUGUUCGCCUAAAUAUCCUGCUGGUGUGUCGCUGAGUGUAACGACUUGAAAGGCAACGGCUGUUGAAUCAUCUUUAGUGUAGCGUUGGAUUAUUUUCUUGCAGUCUUCUAAGGUCACCGCCAUUUUGAUUGCAACUGAUUUUCGGUUAAAACAAUGCAGAAUAUUUAUACCUAGAUAAUUGUUUACAAAAGUAUGAUGUGGAGUGUUUUGGUGUUUAAGAUGUGACGCGUUUUAUUGCAGCAUGAGAAUUAUUUUAAAACCUGUUGCCAAGUUCAUUGAAACAGUUUUGGUGCGAUGAUUUAUUCUAUAUUUGUAUUAAGCAAGAUUAUGAAAACCAUUUGCAUACAAAAUUAAAUUCAUUCACUAAUAAAUUAAGUUUUAGAAAAUUGGAAAACGAUUUAUAUGUACACAUACAAAUAAACCAUAAAUCAGUGUUACACUUA